GACGUCACAGCAGGAGGAGAGCAGAAGUGAGCCGGGCCACUCUUCUCCAUCCUAGCGAUGAUGGCGUCCCCACACCCAUGAGCAAGCAGAAAAAGACGAGAAAGAAAGAAAGGAAGAAAGAAAGAAAGCGAGGCCCCUUUCAGGAUCGCGAUGAUUAAUUUUUGCUUCGGACUUCAGUUCGUUCGUCUUUUGUUGCUGAUAUGUCCGGAUCAUUGACUUUGUGUUGGAGGUUGGGGUAAGGCGCAGGUGCCUCCAUCCAUCCGUUCAUCUAUCCGUCCAUCCAGCGCAGUGGAGGGGCCGGGCCGGCCCGAUGGCUGCUGGGGGAGGUGGAGGAGGAUGCGGGGAGUCGGUGGAUCAUUACCGGGCGGAGGUGGAGCGGCUGACCCGAGAGCUCGCGGAGGCGAACCGGGAGAAGGUCCGGGCGGCGGAGUGCGGGCUCGCGGUGCUGGAGGAGAACCAGAGCCUCAAACAGCAGUAUGCGGAGCUCGAGGCAGAGCAGGAGACCCUCAGACAGGAGCUGGAGCAGCUGCAGGAGGCCUUCAGCCAGGCGUACACCACCCAAAGGAAGGUGGCUGAAGACGGGGAGACCAAUGAGGAGACGCUGCUGCAGGAGUCGGCCACUAAGGAAGCGUACUACAUGGGCCGCCUACUUGAGCAGCAGGCCGAGCUGAAGAGCAGCAGAUCACAGGCGUCCUGCACGCAGGCUGAGAACGAGAGACUCAGCACCAUUCUACAGGAGCUGAGAGAGAGUAACGAGAUGUUGGAGUUACAGAGAAGCCAGAUGAGAGAGGAGAUCAGGGAGUUUAAGUUUCGAGAGGCCAGAUUACUGCAAGACUACACCGAACUGGAGGAGGAGAACAUCUCGCUGCAGAAACUGGUGUCCACGCUCAGGCAGAACCAGGUGGAGUACGAGGGCUUGAAGCAUGAAAUCAAAGUUCUGGAGGAGGAAACAGCUCUGCUUAAAAGCCAAUUAGAAGAUGCGCUGCGCCUGAAGGACAUCUCUGAGAACCAGUUGGAGGAGGCUUUGGAUUCUCUGAAAAGCGAGCGAGAACAGAAGUACGCUUUGCGCAAGGAAUUAGCACAUCAUCUAACCGUGUGCGACGGGGGUUUCAGCUCAGGCUGUGCGCACCUGAUCGCCCUGACCUCAGCGCCACCUAGUGGCAGUGCCACCCCGACAGCCGCCACAUCGCCCAGCAGCGAGGACGGUGGCAAGUGCAACGGGCACAUGCUUCAAGGCGCGGCGGGAUCAGUUUUGAGCCGACUGAAUAGAGACUUCAGGACAUCGAGUUUGAGGAAGACUGAAAUUCUGACCCCUGACCUCUUUAGUGAGCUAAAUGGCCCUGAAAUCCUGAAACAAAGACAACAGCUUCAGCAGGUGGAACGUGAAAAAGCGUCUUUGCUCAACAGCUUGCAGGAAUCACAGGCUUUGCUCCGUCACACACAGGGGGCGCUGACGGAGCAGCAGGAGAAGGCCAGUCGCUUGGGCGAGCGAUUCCGGAAACUUCGCCGCAUGCGCAGCAGCAAGGAAACCAAGGGGGAAGAGGAGGACGAAGAAGAGGAGACAACAUGCGUCCCUAGCAGCCAGGAAGGGCUGAGUCUGGAAUUGCUGCAAUGUAAAUACAGGGUGGCUGUGACAGAGGUGGUUGGACUGAAGGCGGAGCUUAAGGAGAUGAAAGAUAGAUAUAAUGAGAGCGUGGAGGCAAGAUUGCGGGCGGAGGAGCAGGGCAAGGCGCAGCUGCAAGCAUUGGAGACACAAGUGGCACAGCUGGAGCACAGGUGCAGGGAAAGCCGGGAGAAGGCGGUGAAUCUGGAACGCGAGCUGCGGGCAUCCACUAACACAGGCUUGGAGACGCAGGGAAUCCUGGGAACUGCCCAAGAAGAGCUGGCGACAUUCAGUGAGGAGUUAGCGCAACUUUACCACCACGUCUGCCUGUGCAAUAAUGAGACACCCAACCGCGUUAUGCUGGAGUACUACCGGCAGGGCCGAAUACCAACGCGCAUUUCCACCCCUGGCCACAAGGGGCAGGACGAUCACCGUGUGUUUUUGACCCCGCGUCUCGCACGUCGUCUGGCGGCAAUUAACGCUGCAACAUCUGCAGAGUCUCGUAGCCCGUCGGACUCACCAUCCAAAGAUUCUCUCACUGCUGAGCAGAGCCCAGUCCGUACACCACAGGGUUCACCCGUCGUUAGUGCCUCUUCCUCAUCUUCAUCAUCAUCCCCAGCACCCGAGUCGGCCACGGGGUCCGACCUCCGCCGGGAACCCACCAACAUCCACCACCUAAACGCCAUCAUCCGCGACCAGAUCAAGCACUUGCAGAAGGCGGUGGACCGCUCGCUCCAGCUGUCCCGCCAGAGGGCGGCCGCUAGCGAACUCGCCCCGCUGAUGGACAAGGACAAGGAGGCCUGCAUGGAGGAGAUUCUCAAACUCAAGUCCCUCACGAGCACAAAGAGGGAGCAGAUCGCAACCUUGCGCCUUUUGCUCAAAGCCAACAAGCAGACGGCUGAGGUGGCUCUGGCCAACCUGAAGAGUAAAUACGAGAACGAGAAGACAAUGGUGACUGAGACCAUGUUGAAGCUGAGGAACGAGCUGAAGGCCUUGAAAGAGGACGCAGCCACCUUUUCUUCCCUCAGAGCCAUGUUCGCCACACGGUGUGAUGAGUACGUGUCUCAGCUGGACGAGAUGCAGAGACAGCUCGCGGCGGCGGAGGACGAGAAAAAGACACUCAACUCUCUCCUCCGCAUGGCCAUCCAGCAAAAACUCGCCCUCACGCAGAAACUGGAAGACCUGGAGUUCGACCAAGAGCAGUCGCACCGGCCCCGCCUGGCAAAAACGUCCCGGCUGAGGAGAAGCACACCCAAAGUAAGUGGAACGCCAGUCCCGCCCCUUCCCGACACCCCUUUGACAAUUACAGAGGUCCUUACGGCAGCAGCCGCCAUCACCUCGCCCACCACACCCACCCAACCGUCUGCCCCCAACAGCCCACCCUCCCUGGAGGCCCCUUCGUCUCCCGCAUCAUCUUCCUCGUCCUCCUGGACGCCCCCAACCACCACACCAUACCGUCACUGGACGAUGGGUGUCCGGGCGUAUGUUGUUGAACCACACACUUACACCAACCUCCUGGCCCGUCGCUAUGCAAAUGAGUCGCACUAUUCCCCAGGCUCCGCCCCUUCCUCACCUUACCGCUCACCCCUAUUGGCCAGUCGCCGCUCCGUGUGGAGCUCGUCCCAAUCCCGCCCCCUUCCCAGCCACUUCCAGCGCUCUACAUCCCGCUACACGCCUUCUUCGUCCACCUACAGCCCUUUGUAUCCCAGAAACUACAGCUCCCAGCAUCCCCGCUACUGACGGGUGCCGCAGAGAGGAGGACACACACUGGUUUCUGUGUUUGAAUGUUUCGGGGAGUGUUUUCUCGUUUUGUUUGUUUUUUAACUCAGGGAUUUAAUGGAGCACAAGUGGCCCGGCCUUCUUCAAAAGAGACUGUUGAUCAGUUCUCAGGACACUGUGUUCUCUGUCCCGAUCUGAGCGCACGUGGACUGUCCAAUUACACGAAUGAGGGACUUUAAGACAGAUUCAACAGGAUGUGACGUUAUCAGAAUCAGAUUCGGUCGUGGGUUGUUGGUGUGUGUAUGAGAGUGAAUGUGUUGUUGUCACAUGAUUUGAACACUGAGAGUCAAUUAAGUGGUUGAUUUGUAACAACAGGAUUUUAUAUGAAAUGUCGAUUGCAGUAUCUGAGAAAGAUGGCUAUGUUUGGAAUAGGAUACUAAUGUACUAUACAACGCACAUUGCAUACUAAUGUUUUCAAAUAAUACACUGAUAAAAAAUUACUUUAGUGACAGCUCACCCUCAGGUCAUCCAAGAUGUAGAUGAGUUUGUUUCUUCAUCAGAUUUGUAGAAAUGUAGCAUUGCAUGACUUGCUCACCAAUGGAUGCUCUGCAGUGAAUGGGUGCCGUCAGAAUAAGAGUCCAAACAGUUGAUAAAAACAUCACAAUAAUCCACAAGUAAUCCACGCCACUCCAGUCCAUCAGUUAAUGUCUUAUGAAGCAAAAAGCUGCAUGUUUGUAAGAAAAAAAUCCAUAAAUAAGGCAUUUCAAACCAUAAACCGUCACAUAUAGCCAAAAUACAAGUUCAUAAUAGCAUACCCAGUUUUCAUUAUUUUUGUCAAACUAUUCCUUUAAAAUCUUAUAAAAUAAGUGGGAAAAUGCUGUAGGACGUCAACUUCUUUUGUGUUACAUAGUGUGUACUGCAUGCAAACUGCAGUAUGCUAUUCCAAACAUAGCCAAAGUCACAGUGCCAUCCAGUGGAUAAACAGUGAAAAUGUGGCCCAUCCCAUGUAAUGGUGAGUUUGCAAAAAUAGUUGUGUCUGGUUUAUAGAAAUAUAAGACACUAUUUGAAUUUGCAGUUAAGAUCAGAUUGGGUCAGAUGUGAACUCAUUAAUGUUGUGAGUGAUUAUAAAGAACAGUGAUGCUGCAUUGAAUGUAUGUUAAUGGUGAAGGGAUGCAAUUGUCUAGAGAUGACUAAAUUCUCAGGGAAUAACAUUAUUUGUUAGCUGUCUAACGGUGGCCAAUAACAUUGCAACGUUUUUUUUUGUAUUUCAGCACAUAUGAUCUGCAGCAGUGAUUUACAAUAUAACAGAUGCAGUGCUCAUGUCCUGUCUAGUCAGUGUUCUUCUGUUUGUUGCACUUUUAUCAGUUGCAUUGAUGUUUUUGUUGUUGUUUUUCCCCUUACACAAUUAUAUUUAAGACACCAUACUCCAAAACUCAUAGCGCCGAAAGCAUCUCUUAGAAAGGGACGUGCAUGGGCCCAAACAUCUGUCUUUUCUGUCCAAAGAUUGCUGUAUUUCAUGAGAGGUGCCCGUUUCCUCCCAUUUAACACCUUGUGUGACACUGACGGGCUGCACACUGGCCUUCUAGAGCUAUAUCAGACCCACACCAACAUACACCACAUCACACAGUGCUUGAAGCAUUUGACAGGUAUCAAACCCUCAACCCAAGCCUGCCGUGAUUACCCUGCAUGCCAUUUGUUAACUGCUGGUUUUUGCUGAAUACAUUUUUUAAAUAUACUUUCUUUUUUUUUCUUUUUUUGGAAUAAAUUGGUCCUUCUGCAAUUGCUGUGAUUUUUCCUACAUAAAAAAAUACAUUGUUUCUUGAGUUUCAGUAAAUCAAGAGUAAAAAAAAAAAAAAUUCAUGGAAACGUCACCGCUAUUAUAGAAAGACUCAAUUCUGAUCCCAAGUCAGCAUUUACUUCAUUAUUGCUCACACAGGCCUCAGUAUUGCAUGAAAUUGGAGUGAAUAGUUUAGUUCAGUCUUUAUGACUUCUAGAUCUAUAAUUAGGUGGCGAACUUUAAAAACGAUACAAUCUUUUCUCUAUUCUUGCUGUUUUAUGCCAGUUUCCUGCACUGAAGUCAAAUCUGGGACUGAUGAACGUUUGUUUUGGUUCGUACAGAGGGCCUCGUGUAAUUAUCUGUGAUCAGACGGCAGUUUUAGGGGUGUUGUUUUCAGAUCAGGACAGAAACCAUGUGAGACCUCCUCUCUGUCGCACCUGCGCAGCUGAGGCCUGAUGCACACAAACAAACACGUUUGCACAUGAUCACAUGAUCAUGACAUCACUGCAUCAAAAUCUGAAUCCCUGUGUGUCGCUGUCUCAUUCAGUCAGUCGUCGAGUUUUAGGGAACCUGUCAAAUGCUUCUUGCUUCCCGCAUCACUUUCUCUUUGAUUUUCUCUCAUUCAUGUCGCGCUGCGACGUCUGCACUUGGUGGAGUUGUAGAUGAAUGUGUUUUCUACUGUGUGUGUUACUGUAAACAGACACUUUGUGCAAAUGCAAAACACUUUUUGAGGGCAGACUGUUAUUCAUGUCCCUGUCUGCUGUCAUAUGCAUGUGUAUACAGUACACGGCCUACAGCAAAACACUGUACAUGUCUGUUGUGAACUGGACUGUAAUGUUGUAUAUUCUUCAUAUAUACUGUAAAUAACAGGUUUGAAUGCAUUGA